AUGGACGUUCUGGCGCGGCUGGUGGAGUCCGUGGCGGGCAAGGACAAGACGGCGAAGAUCAUCAAGUACACGCUGGACCUGCUGCGGCUGUACCUGAGCCAGUACCGGACGCGACUGGUGCAGUCGGACCCGACGGCGCUGGCGCGGUACGCGCGCCUGGCGGGCGCGUGGAGCUGGGGACUGCUGGUGCGGCACCCGGUGACGCUACUGAAGCUGUGGCUGGUGUCGGUGGCGAAGCAGUUCGAGGCGAAGUCGCAGACAGUGUGCACGAACAUCUCAAUCUUCCGGCAGAUGAUGCGGUUCGGGUCGACGCCGUUCCUGGCGCGCGCGCUGUACCAGAAGGCGGCCGCGACGUACCGGCAGGCGCAGAAGCUGCCGGCGGGGGACACUGCGGGCGUGCUGCAGGUGGUGCGCGGGCAGUGGCUGAACGAGCCGACGCUGACGGACGUGCUGUACCUGUACUACGGCAUCAUGGACGAGCUGAGCCUGACGUACAGCUUCGGGCUGUGGGCGCACAAGGGCCUGUACGCCUUUGUCGCGCGCCACGAGGUGCUCUCGUGGCAGUACGAUAUCCUGCUGAGCCUGAAGAAGGGCUGGUGCCGCCUGCGCGAGAUCAAUGCCAAGAUCCUGGACCUCGAGAUUCAGUGCAAGGUGCGCCAGCGCGCGUGGGACAUCUCGCAGAAGCUGCAUAGCGCGCGCGGCACGUCGCCGGUGAAGCGGCAGCUGCUGCGAGACCUGCAGCUUGGCCCGACGAGCGACAUGUCGCUGACCGCGGACCUGGACGCGCUGCGCCAGGAGCGCUCGGUGCUCUACGUAGACUUUGUGCGUCUGACCUUCGACCUCCUCGCGAACUCCACUGACGUAUUCGCACUCCGCACGCCGCCGGGCACCUACGCCUGGCUCUCGUUGGGCUCCGGCAUCGCGGGGUUCUAUAAGCUGUGGACACAGGCGAAGAAGGAGCUGCAGCAAUGA